AUGCACAAAAAACCUUCGUCCCAAACUGCUAUGUUUUGGGUGACGUGCCUUUUUUCAACUUUCAUUGCUCGUUUCUUUCUUUCAUCUUCUUCGCAACUUACCUUCCUUUUCUUCCCUUCCUACCUUUUUUUCAUUACUUUCUUUCUUUUCCGUUUCAUCCUUUUCCAUAGAUUUCCGUAUUUCUUUUCUCUUUUUCAUUCUCUUUUUCAUUCUUUUCCUUCUUUUUCUUUUUCUCCUUUUCCAUAUUUUUCUUUUCUUCCUCUCCUCUUCCUUCCUUUUUCAUGCUUUCCUUUCUUUUCUCUUUUCUUCUCCUCCAUAAAUUAUUCUUUUUUUCUUCUCUUCUUUUUUUCAUUCUUUCUUUUUCUCCCUGUUAUCCUUCUCCAUACUGUUCCUUCCCUUUUUCUUUCUUUCCUUCUUUAUCCCUUUCCCCCUUCUACAUACGUUUCUUUCUUCUUUUCUUCCUUUUUCUUCUUUUCUUUUUCCCUUUCAUCCUUCACCAUAGAUUUCCUUCCAUCUUCUCUUUUUGUUCCUUCUUUCUUUUCUUUUCUUCCUUCUUCUCAACUUUCGUUCAUCCUCUUCUUUUCCCUACCUUCCAUUUUACAUUAUUUCCUUUUCUCUUUCUCCUCCUCCUUAAUAUUAAACAUCUUCCUUUCAUUUUUGAUGUUCAUAAGAAAAACUUUACAAUUUUUUGUAUUAAUUCAAAAUUAA